AUUUCCGCUAAAAUGGUCGUCGGCGCUUUCCCCAUCGCCAAGCUGCUCUAUCUGGGAGUACGGCAGAUGAGCAAGCCUGUCGCUAACAGGAUAAAAGCGGGGGCCCGUAGGAGCGAGUUCUUCAAGACUUAUGUAUGUCUCCCCCCGGCACAGCUUUACCACUGGAUCGAGAUGAGAACCAAGAUGCGGAUCAUGGGGUUCAGGGGUUCCACCAUUAAGCCUCUGAACGAAGAUGCAGCGGCUGAGCUUGGGGCAGAGCUGUUGGGGGAGGCAAUCAUCUUCCUCAUCGGCGGCGGCUGCAUGGUGCUGGAGUACAGUAGACAGGCUACCAAUUCCCGCCGCAAAGAAGAGGAGCUCAACGAAACUAUCAACAACCUACAAACUCAAAUCGGGGAGCUCACCUUAACCACGGAAACACAAGACGCGCAGCUUAGAGAGAUCAACAGGCUGCUGCUGUCCUUCCCUGUCCCCACGCAAAAGUGAUUAUUUCAUUUGUUAGAUAGGUGGCAUGGGACUGUUGUUAAUUUCUAUUUGAGAAAGUGCUCCAACAUAGCACUGCCAUACGUGCAGCCUGGCCCUGCCUCACACGCUGUUUCCCUUGCCCUAAGAGUUGGGUGCAAGAGUUGGACUUCAGCAUACUAGUGUGUUGUGGUUUUGGGUGCUUUUGUCAGCUCAUGUUUUGAGUAACCAGUUGUAAAGGGAUUGCUAUGAUAUUCAUAGUCCCUUGCAUGUUCAUUGCAAGCUUAAUUGUAUAUAUUUACGAGCCAGUGAUGACCUCGGAGACGAAGUUUCUAUAUUUGAUAGACAUAUCACCUUUCAUUGGGUUCUCAGAACUCAUGACGAGAAUAUAAGCUCUCCAGGUGACUCCUUGUACCUGUUUGGUGUGAACUGUCCUAGGACCACUUGCAUUGUGCUGUCUGGUGUCAUUCAGUAUUCGGAAAUGUUUUCUUGCACUGUAAAAUGGGUACAGAAGGACAAAAAAUAUAAACUUAACAAUUAGGCCAUGCCCAUGCAGCUAAAUAGAAGUAGCCAGCCCCCUCCAUCUUCGUUUUCGUAAACAUGCGUGUAGUAAUGACACUGGGAAUCCCUUUGCUGGUUCAGAAUCUGUGUACAUCAUAGGCUACGACACAACUGUAAAUGGGUGAUGUAAAAUAAAGUCAAAUGGU